AUUGCCUAAAGGUGGAGUUAGAAAGCGGAUGUGGUGUGACAAAAGUUGUCAUCUCGUAGAGUUUACUUGAAGCAAAGUGGAAUAGUGUUCGCAACAAAAUGAUCAUUGAUAUUCAACUAUGUGGCUACAUUUUAGGAGUUGAAAGUGAAACUGCAUCGAAUCAGUGAAUUUAGGCAAUAGGUUAGUGGGUGAGGUGGGAGUAGCAACAUGCCGUUCCCACCCCCUCCACCACCACCUGGACCACCUCCACCACCUGUUUUUGGAGGCGGAACACCAAAACUUGCUGGUGAUGAAAGUAGGAAUCAACUGCUGCAGUCAAUUCGGAAGGGCACAACUCUAAAAAAAACUGUUACCUGUGAUCGAAGUGCUCCAAUAAUCUCAGGGAAAGUCAAAGGUUCAGACAGCAGUAGCAUUAAUGGAAGCACUAACUUCAGCAGCAGUAGCAGCACUAGAUUCAACAGCAGCAGCACAGAUUUCCCAAAAAACAAUGGCCUUGGUGGUCUUUUCAAGGGAGAAAUGCCGAAACUGCGACCAACUGGGAGACUAGGAGACACAGGCAGUGCAUUACAAAACAUGACUCAGUCAAGACAUUCUCCACCUGCCAGCAAUGCUAGACAGGAUUCCGACAGGCGUCCAUAUCCUUAUGACAUUAAAAACAGGGGUCCACCACCACAACCUCCACCUCCAUCUCAGAAGCCAUCAAUGCCAACAAGUGCAUCAGACUCCGUAUUGCAGACGGGAUCAGGCCGCUUUAACACAGGUGUACAGUCCUCAGGAAAUGGACCACCGUCUUUACCCAGCAAGCCUCCUGUUGGAAGCUAUGGAAAACCCAAUGUUGCUCCAAAACCUCCAUCUGCCAAUUCUCCUGGAAAGCCCUCUCCUCCUCCAAAGAAACUUGUGAUGAAUGGUAGUAGACCAUCAGUGACACGUGCUCAAAGCAUGAGGGUGCCUCGUUCUCCACCGGUAGCCCCUCCAUUACCUGUAUUCCCCCCUGCUGGUAAAGAAUUGACAAGCUAUCAGAAAGGGACAAUGGUUCCACCCGCUUUUCACCAAUCGCAGGACUCAUUACAUCGAUAUCGUACAAACCCUCCUCCACCUCCACGCACUGCUACUCUACCGUCUAAUCUCAGUGGACAUAGUAUGAAGUCAGUUGCCCCUCUGCCCCCUCCAUCAACUCCUCCACCCCCUGCCCCCACUGUCCGUCCGCCAAGGCCACCACAAACUCGACCUCCUCCACCACCAUCACGGAUGGGUGCGCCGCAGUGCCCUCCCCCUCCACCUCCCACGACAGCGCCACCUCCACCACCACACAGAACGACUCCUGCUCCUCCACCUCCAUCAUCACAAGCCAGGCAGGCUCCUUCAAUUCCAUGUUCAGCUCCACCCCCACCACCAGUUAGAAAUUCGUCAAUGAGGAAUGGUAAUUCUCCAGUUUGUGGUGACAUAGAAACAAGAUUUGCUGACCAUUUUCAUGCUGUGCAUGAAUUUCCACCACCUCCACCAUUUAGGAAUGUUCCAAAAAUAUACAAUAGCAAAAAUGUGUUGAAGCAGCAAGCUUCGUUUUCAGCAAAGCAGCAAGCACCACUACCACCCAUGUUGCAGAUUGGCAAUAAAAUGUGGGCAAAUGAUAGUUCCACAUGUUAAUCUUGACUAGAAGUAACAGUAUUGAAUGAGGCAGCAGCAUCAUGGUCUCUUUCAGAAGGGAUUCUUUGGAAAUGCUGUUUGCUGCUUUCCUUUUUCUAAAAGUCAGAAGCUGGUGUGAUUAUACUUCCAUGGUGCUUUAAUCCCAGGAGACUGCAAACUUUGAAGAAUGUUAUAAUUAUGUUUUGUGUUUUUUUCUGGCUGUGGUUAAACUGCAUUCGUUAUUAAUGCCAUUGAGAGCAAGCACAAAAGUAUGUUUAAAUGUGACCUCAUUUUGGCUCAUCCUGUAUAGUGGCUAUGUGUUAACUGAAAGACUGACUGUUGUUUCUCUCUGUAUCAAAGUAUAUAUACAUAUAUAUAAAUAGCAAAGCAGUUGUUCACUGUUUAGUGCUUUGGUUUAAUACGUAGUGAGAAUAUAGCAGUUUGCUGUUUAUUAAAUUGAAACACUAUAUUUUAAAAUGACAGAUGACUAUACGUGAUUCUUAGUAGAACAGCAUUGUUGUCGUCUACUCAAAAAUGCUGAACAAGUUUUGGAAAAAAGAGUUUGGAUUAACUUUUAAUUGUGUACUUUACUAUUAGUUAACAGUAAUUGCUGUUUUUCAAAAGAAGAAAUGUUGAAGUAUACUUUAUAGUAUUGUUGUAAUUGUUUAUUAACUUAUUUUUUUUUUCAAGUGUAAAAUAUGUUUGUGCCUUUUGGUCCACAUAUUUACCUGCAAUCUGCUGCAGUUUAAGCAGCCAGCUGUGGUGUACAGUGCUUUAAAGUUGUUGAAGUUGGUCUGAUAUCUCUUUCAAAAUGCAUUAAUUUUUUUUAGUUCACUUGAACUGUAUAAUCUGAUAAAGCCACUAUAUUUGCAUAUAAAUUGCCCGCUAGAGUAUUUGAAAAAUUACCAAUUCUUUUAAGAAACAAAUAUUCUGUGCUUAUGUUACAGAUUGCACAUCUUUGAGUCUAUGCAGUGUUAUAUAUGUUGAAAUUAAUAAAAGCAGUAUAGGUGAAUGUCAUCAUAUGUAGUUCCACCAGUAAAACAUGUGCAUACUUCAGGAGGUGAUAUUUUAUAGAGAAAGUUGGUGAUUACAAAUUAAUGUGUUACACCUGGUAUUCUUCAAACAAACUCUCUGAAGUUUCGCUGUAUUUUAUAAGAUUGACAAACAUGGCCUGCAUCUUGGUCACAUACACAUGCUGCAUUGAAGUUUCAGGCACAGCCUUCACUGACAAAUAAUCCUUGUCAAUAAAAUGAGUAGUAAUUUGCAUUCAAAGUGAAACUGAAAAAGAAGAGGGUGGGGGUGGGUUGAAAAUGCAUUAUAAUAACUUCCAAGUUAGUGAAAUCAGUACGUGUUCUGAAAAAAAUCAAUAAAAAUUUUCUUGCAAUUUUCUAGUCAUAUUCUACUGUCAGUUGAUAACAGCAUUUUGAAUUUGUCAGUUGCCUAAUAAAAACUUUUUGGUGGUGUUUUUUUGUAUGGGAUACUGUUUAACAGAGAGAAAGACAGGUGUGAAGAUGCUAGUGGGUAAAAAAUGUAAUGAUUGUAUGGUGUUAUUGGCCAGGAGAUCCAGGCUGGAAUUGCUCGGCCACCUGGUGCGCUAAUGGGUUGAAUGUAAAAUCUUUACAUCACAUGCAUUGAAGUCUUGUGUAUCUGACUGGGCAAUUCAUGUCCAUAGGAUGGAGAAAAAAAUGGUGGGAAAUUUGUCUAAAGUUCUUUUUUACAAUUUUUAUUCAUUGCAGAUAAUAUUAUUUAUAGAUUGUUGCCUAAAUGGAGAGCUUUCUCUUGUCAUCUUAUGAAAGUAAUAUCAUAUCUCUCUCUCUCUCUCUCUCUCUCUCUCUCUCUCACACACACACACACACACACACACACACACACACACACACACACAA